AAGACGCCAAUUCAAGCUGCCCCAUCGACCUGUUUCCCCCUGUAGCAACCACACCAGACCGUGCAUCUAUCCAAUCCUGGAUAUUCUCGAGAAUUUCUCAGGUCCAUGAUCCCAACAUCACGCUGAUUGCAUCUCAAGCCGCCACGAAACGACUCCCAUCCCCCUCCUCAGCGCUGUCGCCGCCGCCGCUGCCGCCGCCGCCGUUGUCGUCUCUCCCUUCAUACCCGGUGCCGCCAGUGUCGUGACAAACGCUGUCCUGCCGUCAUCAUGUCAUCAAGAUGCUCCUGCUCGCGACUGACGCGGCUCCAGGCGGCCAUCGUCGCUAGACCGACCAAGAUCAACCUCACACGACCAUUCUCGACCACGACGUCGAAACUCAAAGUGCCCCCCGAAUCCCCCCUCUGGAUCCAGGUCCCGACGCCGCCUCAGUCUCAGUCGUCCGAGGAGAAACCCCCCGUCGUCAAGGGUACCCUCCCGACGCCCCGCGACGUCUUCCCGCGCAAGGAGGCCGACCGCAAGGCGCAGCCGGGAUACCUCAAGGAGACGGCGCCUCUCCCUACCAAGCAAGGCUCACAGGAGCCCGCUCCGCUCGGCUCGCGUCUCGAGCACCGUCGCCGCAUGGCCGACAUCCGCCGUGAGAACCUCGGCAUGGCUCUGCAGGGCCUCUACAAGCGCAAGCAGGAGCGUGUCCAGGCCGAGACUGCUAUCAGGGACCGCCGUCUCCGCGACCACCAGCGCGCAGCCGUGGCCCCCGAGCGCUGGGAUGACCGUCUCACCCGCAGCUCCGUGCUCUCCUCCCUGGUCAAGACGACCGCUGUCGAACUCGACCCCAAACGCUAUGCCCGCGCGCAGCAGAGCAAGGCCAAGACGGCCAAGCUGGCCCAGCAGAAGAGCGAGGCGCGGCAGGACGCGCUGAUGGAGCUGUACAUUAACGCCUCUAAGUUUAUCGUCUCCGAGGACCAGCUGGGCAAGGAGCUCGACAAGCUCUUUUCUGAGGACUUCUGGAAGCGCCAGGGCAAGUCCAUGGCCCACGACUCGGACAACGCUUGGGACGUUUGGGGACAGCCGCCGACGGUCAAGACCAUGCUGGACGACAUGUUGAGGAAACAGCAGCGCGCCAUCGACUUCCACCAGACCGCACAGGACAGGACUGUGAAAAGGCAGAAGACAAUCGCCGAGGAGUUGACGGGCGGAAAAAUGGAGUAAAGGGAGUUGGUUCAGUGUGUCUCGCCACACAAAUGGGUCUGCCGGCCAGCCUCGGAAUUGGCUUCGUUCGGCGGAUUGCAUCAAACCUCACCCCCAAAAAGUGUAAAUCGGCCCUGUAAAAUCUCAUCAUC